UUAGGGUUUCAACUUUUGGGAUUCGAAAUUCUUUCUCGAUUUAGGGUCUGUGAUUUGUUAUUAGAGUUCGAAUUAGGGUUCUGGGUUUCGAUUUUUUAUUCUGAUAUCGAUUUAGUGUUGUUUUUGAUUAGUUUAGGGUUUUGGAUUUAAUUUUGAAGAAUUUUCAAUUGUUCAUCUGAUUCGGUAGGUCUGGUCUUCUAUUGUUUUGUAUAUGGUUCGUCCGUAAACUAACUAUAGCUUGCAUAUUGUUUUGGUGGUCAUGAGUUUCUUCAGGGUCACUUGAAGACAGCAACACAACACGGGAAGUCACGGAGCAGUUGAGAAUCAUUGAGUCAAAGGGUCACUUGAAGACAGCAACACAACACGGGAAGUGACGGAGCAGUUGAGAAUCAUUGAGUCACAGUAUCAAAUCAGAUGGGCCACGACUACAGCUACUCUCAGCCUGAUUCCUCAGAUCAAUAUGAUCAAUACUCAAACGACACUGAGCAAAGGGAAAUAGAAGCUUUGAUUCGGAUGGAUGAGGCUGAGAGUAGUUUCAUGAAUUCGCAGGCGAGAGUUUACCCUCCUCAACCUGAGGUUGAGUUCGGAUUCCCGAAGGUUUGCUACUGUGGUGGUCAGCCCCUCUUAUCUACAAGUAACAAUAGACGGUUCUUCACAUGUGGGAAUAUUGAUGAUGGAGAGAUGCAUAUUCACAAGUGGUGGGAUGAAGCUGUCAUGGAGGAGAUGAGAGAGAUGGGCAAUCAAUGUGAAGUUUUGUCUCAGAAGGUAGAUAACUUAGCAUUAUCGACUGACUACGGAUCACACAUGAGUGAUGAAACAGAGCAGAAACUGUCACGGAUCGAGAAGGAAGUUUUUGAGAUAGGGAAGAUCCGAAAUAGGUUAAUAAUUGGUUUUGAAUUGAUAGCUUUGGUAGCAAUAGUAGGUAUGGCAUUGGUAGCUUAUGUUUUGGCUAGGUCUCACGGAUCAACAUGAGUUAUUGGUGUAUUGUAACUUUGUUGUCAUUUUGCUAUCACGUUUUGUAUGUAAUUAUUUGGCAUUUUUUGUAUUUGGUAUCACGGGUCUUGUAAAAGUUCACAAUUUGGUA